CAUUCAUGUACAUUCAACUGUGUAGAGUUAUGGGGAUCUUACAGAAAAAACGUAAACAAAUACAUACCGGUUGUUCAGAAAACUAAGCGAUUAGGAUAUUUAUAAAAUACCCUUUAACAGUUUUACUCUUUUAUAAGAGGCAAGUAGAAAAGAAGAAGUAUUGUAUAUUGUAAGCUCAUUUUAAAUCAGAUUUCUAAAAAAAUGUUAGAUCAAAUUGUGAGAAAUCUGAAGGUCUAUACACUUUGCUGCAUUAAAUUUCGAAAAUGAACCACCUUUCAUAUAUGUCAAUAUUUUAAAAUUACAAGCGUACGAUAGAGUAGGACUCAGAUUCCGUCUGGCACGGAUACAUCUGCGGCAAUAAAUAUAUGCUUUAAAGUGUUCCGUCUGGCACGGAUACAUCGGCGGCAAUAAAUAUAUGCUUUAAAGUGUAAUUGAGGAGGCGUUAUCAUCAGGGAUUCCCGAUUUCAACAUGGCACAUCGCGAACAGACAGCGAACGGAAAUAGUGCAGACAAUGAAAAUUUGACAAAAAUGUUUAUGAAAAAUGAGUUCAACGAUGAGCAAAUGAUUGAAAAAGAAGAACAAGGUCAUGAUGAUUGCAAUGCUCUUCAAAAAGGACUUCCUGAAACCGGAAAUGCUGUUGAAACUGAAACAGAUGUCGGGUUUCCUCUCCAACGGAACUAUUCGUCAAAAACUAAAGCACGUAAUAGAACGUUGCACGUACACAAGAUAUUGCACACGAUAUGUGUCUACAGCAGCUUUUUUUCCAUAGGCUGGCGCAGUGGUCUACACGGCCCUGUGUUUCCUGACCUUCGUCGCCUGAUGAACGAGGAUCUCGCUGUGUCCUCGUGGAUCUUCACCGGCCUCUCGCUAGGUGGUAUAUUUGGUUCUAUUUUGAGCGGUGUCAUCCACGAGAAAAUUCGUCGGCUUAAGGUUUACAUCUGCUGCGGCAUAACGGCAGCAUUAGGCGUCAUCACUGCCAUCACACCGUGGUGUCCGUUCGCAAGCGUGAUUGCAUUACACAUUUCGCACGGGGUGAUCACAGCGUGGAUAGAUACUAUGAUGUGUACGGACAUUGCCGAAGUAUGGGGCCACCAGGCAGGUCCCUACAUGCAAGGCUACCACCUUAUGUGGAGUAUCGGUGCAACAAUAUCGACUUUCUCGGCGGAACCGUUUCUAGCGCCAAAACUUUCAGUGCCAGAAAAUGAUUCUACCGUAGGAGCGUGUAACUAUUCGGUCCCUCUUACCGAUGGACAAAGUAAUCGAUCGAACGCGGAUUGCGAGUAUGAAACUAUCAACGGUGAUUCGAAGGUGUAUAUUGUAUUCCUGAUCACCUCGGGCGUCUUUGUCGUCUCUACCGUUGUGUACAUCGUCGUCCUCGCAACUCAUGGCGUUAUCCAGGAACGAAUCGACUCGCAUUACCUGAUGAAUGGAUCAAGCAGCAAACAAAUAAAGAAUGGUCUCUCAUCAAGAAUGCAAGUGGUAUUUACCUUACUAUUGGCUGUACACCUCACUUUCUACUUGAUGCUAGAUAGCGGCUUGACUUUCUUCCUAAUGACUUUCGUCACAUCCGGUUUGAAUUGGAGCCCUUCAGAAGGCACGAGUAUAAAUUUUGCUUUCCGGAUAACGUUUGCCGCAGCGAGAGCUUUAAGAAUUGUUUUACUCAAGUACGCUAGUGUUACAACCGUGCUUUUUCUGAACCACGCUGCAUUAAUUGUUAGCGGCACGUUUCUUAUAUUUUCCACGGUGCUUGACAUUCCCGCUUUUCUGUGGGUGGGCGUCUGUGUCUGUGGGCUGGGAAUGUCGAGCAUAUACGCCGGUAUACACACCUGGAUAUCCUAUCACGUGACGCGCCUCACGGGUAAGGUCGCCGCGACCUUGUCCGUCAUGGUUGCUCUGGGUGCUAUGCUAUAUCCGGUGCUGGUCGGGUAUUUGAUGGAGCGCUUCUCACAGCUUUGGCUCAUAUAUGUCCAUUGCAUCAUCGUGGUUGUCAUGAGUGUCGACUAUUUGUUCGUGGUCAUAGCGCACAGACGUCUCACGAGAGAUUCAAAUAAGUAUUAAAUAUUGUCCUAAUUAUUAAUAAAAAUGAUGCGAAUAUUGUCAUGUGGUUUUAAAGGGGCCUUUUAAC